AUGUGGGACUUUGUGCAAAUCCCUUCAGUGUCCAUGGUUCUAGGUUCUAUAACUGAAAGCUUCGGCAAUAACCUUAAGCAGUGUACUACCUUCGACAUGUUGUGGGUUCGUCCGUGUGUUGGUCCUCCAGUAUUUGGUAACAGUCCAACUCUUGGAGGAAUUGAGUUAAUGAAUGAGCCUCUAGCACCAGGUGUCUCUCUAGAAAGCCUAAAGAGCUAUUACAAAGCUGAUUACAACACAAUGCAUAAGUACAGUCCAAGCGCCUAUGCGAUCUUAGCAAACAGAUUGGGAGAUCGUGAUCCAAAUGAGCUCCUCUCAUUCACCCAAAACCUCCAUGGCAUAGUCAUAGACGUGCAUUACUACAACCAAUAUGAACCCAAGUUCAACAGCUUCAAUGCACAACAAAACAUCAAUUACAUCUGCAACCAACGAGCUUCUAGUCCCUGA